AACUGAAGGAGGAAUAGAAAAGUUUGUUUCAAAAUGGUUUCUUUUCGAUUACUCACAGUAGUAUUUAUUGCAACACUUUAUUUUGAUAUCUAUGAAGCAACCCAAAUUAAUUGUCCAGCCAGAGUGUGCAUGGAAAGUAAAAUUGAUAUUCAGAGAGAACUGAGCGAAAGAAUAAAUGUUACAUAUGGACCAGAUGGAGAUGUAGAGGGAGUUCGCUUCAAACCCGGGCUCUUCAGUUUUGAAUGCAGGUACAUCGACAUGUACAAGGCUUGUGUACCCACGGGGAUGAAUCCAUGUAUUCCCAUAGAGUACCGACAGAAAGCGAAGGAACUUCUUGAAUCUUAUUACAGCAUCACGUGUACUAAAGCUGAUAGGCUGGACAAGUUGAUCGACUGCAUGAACAAUGACGAUGUUCAGAAAAUGUUCUUAGGCGACCUGAAGUCGAAAGCUGUUUCCCUCCUGAAUAAAUUGAAAGGAAAUGACUCUAACGUAUGCAGUGAAAUGAAGUCAGUUGUUCGUGCCACUGUGACGAAGCUCUCGGGUUAUUGCGACCAUGAUGGUCUGCGAGCCCUUUUGCAGUACAUGAACGAGUUGGCAGACAAACUACAAGAUUAUUUGGAAUUUUUACCGGUGGUAAUUGAUUCGGAAAACCUAUAUAUUUGCAAAGACGAGUUUCAGGAAGUGACGUCAGCAGCCCAGAGUUCCCUCACCAGACGAGCUUCCGUCAUGGAGACCCCCCGGAUCGUGCGAUCUCUGCUUGGUCUGUAGUUCCGGUCCGAUCUUUGCUUGGCCUGUAGUUCCGACUCAUGUUUUCUGAUUUAUCAAUCAAGCAUUGAAUAAAAUAUUGCAAAACUAAA